ACAAUUUCAAUCGAACAAAUAUUUAUCGCACAAAAAUAUCGAUGAUGAUAUGCGAAACAUAUACAUGUCAUUGAUAUCAAUGAAUAUUUAACAUCCCUAUUUCAAAUUGUUUACGCCCGUGUGUGGACUGCAUUGGGCGCAUCAAAAACACAACAACAAGUGCAAUAAUAACAUGGCCGGUUUCGUAGCGGUGCACACAGGGGCUGGAAACUGCAUCGAUGAGACCAAAUACCAACGGGUGAUUAAAGAGGCGUGCAUCCGGGCCACGGACAUUCUGCGGAAUGGGGGAUCAGCCGUAGAUGCGUGCGAGGCGGCUAUAAUUCGACUGGAGAACUGCGGCUACACGAAUGCCGGCUACGGCUCCAAUCUCUGCAUGGACGGUUCUGUGCAGUGCGAUGCCGCUAUAAUGAACGGAUCUACUCUGAACUUCGGAGCGUGCACAAAUGUCAGCCGAGUGAAGAAUCCCAUUCAGCUGGCGCGCCAAAUUUGUGAGGCACAGUCGAAUCCCCAGCUCCUGGAACGCAUACCGCCCAUGGUCUUAGCUGGAAGCGGAGCGGAGCGCUAUGCCGACGAAGUCGGAUGUGCAAUGGUGGAUGAUAGUAGCUUAAUGAUCUCAUCGAAAGCGAAAUUCCAGUUCAAUCAUUACAAGAGUAAAUACGAUUUGGUUGUGAGCAGCAGAAACAACAAGGCCGCCUCCGAGGAGCCCGUCCCUGUGCCCGACGCGAGCAACGAAGUGGAGCUCGCAGCGUCUCUGGACACCGUGGGAGCCGUGUGCGUCGAUAGCCUCGGCAACACUGCAGCGGGCUGCAGUUCCGGCGGAAUACUGCUGAAAGUGCCAGGACGGGUUGGCCAGGCGGCAACAUAUGGUGCUGGCUGUUGGGCGACCGACACAGACGAUCUGGCGAUAGCCACCUGCACGACCGGCAACGGGGAGUACCUAAUGAAGACACUGCUGGCCAGAGAGAUAUGCAACGGGGCCUUCACCAGCGACUGCGCCGUGACGAGUCUGCACAAGACGUUCACACAAAAGUUUCUCGACUCUCCGCUGCUGCCACAGCAGCAGGAUCUCUAUGCCGGCGCCUUGACAUUGCUCUACUAUCCGAAGCAGAGCAGCGGCGAGGUGAUGUGGAGCCAUACGACGCAAUCGUUUUGCGUUGGCUACAUGGCGACAACGCAGAAAGUGCCAAAGUUUGUACACUCUCCACUGCCCACAUACAGCGUCCCGGGCCGAUCAUGCGUCGUCAAUGGCCAUAAUUUCCAUUUGCGCAUUUAGAUGGGGGCUGGCCAGCCGCAGUGUCUCUGCCGGCCCCAUCCCAUCCUGUCCGCCGUUCAGUGUCAUUUUUGCGGGACUCUGCAAUUCAUUUGAUUUAAUGUUUAAUUGCCGCGACAAUCGCUGCCAAUGCAACAGCACCACAAGAAAGAGAGGCAGCAGCAGCAGCUUUGCCUUUGUCUCUAUGAAAUAUUAAGAAUAAUUAAGAAAAAAACUUUUCAUUGUACUUAUUUGUAUAUGCUCGUAGGUUGUAAGCCGUAUCUGUGUGAGCAGAACAUGAGGCGUUUGUGUGUGUGUGUGUGCGUGUGCCUGUGUGUGUGCGCAAUGAAAUAAGUUUUCGAAUAUUGAAAUUUGAAAUUUCCCCUCGUUGAACGCAACUGUGCGCCAGAUAAAUCAGGCAGGCGGCAUGCGAUUCGAGUGGGAAUAUCAUAUUCGUAUGUUUGUAUCCGUAUGUAUAUUUAGACCCGCUGACGUACUUAUUUAUGUGUGCAAAUGUUUAUGUCCAAGUGUUUACGGCCAUCAAUGUACAGAACUUAACCCAUUAAUUUCGACGACAUUUAAACUAUAAUAUGCCUAUACAAUAUCAAGGUCUAGUAUCUUUUCUUUGAUUCGUCCUCAACAUGAAUACAUAAUUAGUUUGUAAAUGCUUUUGCUUUUACUUUUACUUUUGCUGCUACCCAUUUUGUAUGUUUGUAUGUAUAUUCGCCUAAUUAUGACGUGUGCGUGUUUUAAACAGUCUCAGUCUUCUAGUUUUUAAUGGUUUCGUCGUUUAUUGCUUUUUGUGUUUGUCUGUCGUAAUUUGUUAUGGAAUUUCCAGGCAGAUAUUGCCGAACAUCUCGAGGCUUCUAAUUAAUACAAUAGCUUAUGCUAUACAUAUAUUGUACACCCGAAAUCAUAGAGUUCCUUCCGCUGAAGCUAACUACUGCACCUGGACCUGGCUCCUGGAGUUUAGUCAACAGACACAUAUUUUUGUUUAGUUGUAAGAACCCGAAUAGUCUCUAAGCCAAAUGUCAAAUAUGGAUCAUUAUAUGUAUGUGUAUUGCAAAUCAAAAGUGGAUAUUUAUGCAUUA